AUCAAAUCCUUUAAAAGUGAGCCUGACAAAACCGAAACAAACCGACCAAAGAAGUAACAACAAUGUCAGAAUCUCCUCAACCAAAAACGGUAAUCUGCAUCGGCGACAUCCACGGCUUCAUAACCAAACUUCAAAACCUCUGGUCAAAUCUCGAAAACACCCUAAACCCAUCCCAAUUCCAAACCGCCACAAUAAUCUUCUUAGGUGAUUACUGCGACAGAGGCCCACAAACCAACCAAGUAAUCGAUUUCCUAAUCACCUUACCCGCCCGCUACCCUAAUCAAAAGCACGUUUUCCUCUCCGGUAAUCACGACUUCGCUUUUGCUGCCUUCCUCCGCCUCCUUCCGCCGCCACUUGACGGGUCCGAAUUUAGUGAGGGGUGGAAGGAGUUUGAAGAUAGUGAGGAGAGAGAAGGGUGGUUUAAAGGUGAUGGGUAUGAAAAGAUGCAUUUGCAAGGUAGGAGAUGGAGUGGUGCAAUAAAGGCUAAGUUUAAUGUUGCUAAGGGUACUGAGUAUCAGGGUUCGAUUUAUGAUGCUAGACCUACUUUUCACUCAUAUGGAGUUCCCCAUGGUUCCGCUGAUUUGGUUAAGGCAGUUCCUGAUGAGCAUAAGAAAUUUCUUGCGGAUUUGGUGUGGGUCCAUGAAGAGGAUGAUGUCUUAAUGAACACUGAUGAUGGAGUUAAAUGCUGCAAGUUGAUUGCUGUUCAUGCUGGUUUGGAGAAAGGGGUAGAUGUCAAAGAGCAGAUGAAAAUUUUGAAAGCUCGAGAUACUCGGAUACCUAAGUUGCAGCCUCUAAGUGGUAGAAAGAAUGUUUGGGAUAUUCCAGAGGAACUAAGUGCAAGUCCUACCAUCAUUGUUAGUGGUCACCAUGCAAAACUCCAUGUUGAAGGCUAUAGGUUGAUAAUUGAUGAAGGUGGUGGAUACCAAGAUAAACCAGUAGCUGCAAUUGUUCUUCCUUCCAUGACGAUUAUUCGCGAUACAGAUGUAUUGGCAAAAUAGGUUCAUAUUUGUGUAGUUUUGCUGGUAUACUGAGUCAAGUUAUUAAGCUUUGGAUUUCUUAAGUGUGUAUUUUUAGAUGGGCGGUGAGUUUGGCAAAAUCACGUCGACACUGAUUUUGUAGAACUGAUUUUGUAGAAACUACAAAGUUUAGUUUUUUACUGUGAUGUUACCAAUCUCAUCGUCAAUUCGAACAUGCACACAAAUAAGUUAUUAUUCAUUGUUGUUGAUCUGGCACACUAGAGAUAAAAGGAAAUAAGGAUGGUUUGUCCUCUUGUUUUAGAUGAGUUAAACUAUCUGCAGAUUAUUUGUGUUGGACUCUGUUUUUUUAGUACAUAUUAGUCUCGGUUAAAUGCUAGACCAACAUUGUUCGCUUAUAACAUUGUGUUUCUCUUCUCAUGUUAAAGUUUUGUAUUGAUA